UUUAAGGAAAACCAGAUUGCUAUAAAUUCUCAACUUGCUAUUCUGUCUUACGAGUUACGGUGGGUGUUAAGUCUCUGUUAUUCAAUCCAAUCCAGUAUGAGUUCUUCGCCAAAAGUCCGAAGGGCUAGCAAUGUUGACAAUACAACAAGACAAUGGUCUGAUCUUCCUCAUGAGCUUUUAGCAAAAAUUGCUUCUCUGUUAGGCAUAAUUGAUCUUCUGAGUUUUCGCGGUGUCUGCAAAGACUGGAAGUCUGCUUCUAAUACUGCUUCGGCUGAAAUUGAAUCCAUAUCUCGACAACCUGGGUUUCUACUCUACGGAGAAACUCAUCCAUGUGUUCUGCUUACUGAAUCAGGCAAAAGGUACAAGAUCAACAUCCCUGAGUUAAACGAUAAUUCAAGAACCACCACCUGCAUUGCCUCACAGGGCGGAUGGCUGCUUAUACUUACCCAAGAAAACUCUGCUGUUUACUUCUUUUGCCCUUUCUCUCGUUCGAGAAUUGAUCUUCCAAAUUUGCCUCCUGAUUUGAACUUGUCUAAUUAUGGUGCUUCCUUCACAUCUCCCCCAACUUCCAAAGACUGCGUGGUUUCCUUCAUUUGCCAGGAGAAAGACUCAUUAGAUUUCGAGUUGUACAUUCUCAGUCGCGGAGAUAAAGGAUGGAAGAAUUACAAGCUCGAGAAUCGUAAAGGAAAAUUGUUCAAAAAUAUUAAAUUUGCAGGCUUUUUCGAAGAAGAAUUCAAUUUUUUCGACGACAAUGAUAACCUAGUCACGUUUUCCGUUAAGGAUUCGCAGUGGAGAAAAUAUAACAUAGUUCCUCAUCGUGUACCUGCUGGAAAUGUCUUACGAUUUAUGUUGAUAACGAAUCAUUUUGAGAAGAAGGAUAUGAAGCAGCGAUUGGGAUUGGAAGGAGAAGAUGUUUCCAUUUCUGUUUGUGGAACUGCAGUUUAUCUACCAGAAAAGGAUUUCGCCAUGUUUUCUGAAACAAUUACUGGGUCUCCAGAUUCUCAGAGCAAAUGUCUCAAAGGAGUGUGGAUUUAUCCUCGAUUCUUUUCUAUUCCUAUGGACCAGAGAUGGUAGAUAUCACAUAGCUAUGGAUAGGGUUUAGGAAUCUUACUUCAAUUUUGGACUUUCUUUUUUUUUUUUUUUUUCCCUUAA